CAUACGCACGCAUAUGCGUUUACGUUUCUGCUUUAAAAUCCUUCUUCUUCGCUCAGAGAAAUUUGCAGAGUGGCAGUCACAUUCUUUUCCUUUUCCUUUGGACUUCCUGAAAACAAGAUUCUUUUUUCUCAGUCAAAAUUCUAAAUUUUCUUGUCUUUGGGAGUCCUUGAUCUUGUAAUGAGAAACUUGAAUCAGAUCCAUGGAAGCUAAUUCCAACGAAUCAUCCCAAAGUUAUCCUUUUUUUCCCACCAAAAUAACCCAUAAUUCCCCCAACUCCUCCCAGAUCCGCCUUCAUAUAAUACCAAUUUCAUUCAUUUAUUCAUUACCAGCUCAUUCUUUCUCAAAAUAAAGAUACCCAGAUCUUCAGUACCCCAAAAAGAACCAUGAAAAACACAUCCAAAUUGUUCACGAUCGGGCUGGUAGCAUCAUGGUACUCGACCAACAUUGGUGUCUUGUUGCUAAACAAGUAUUUACUAAGCAAUUACGGUUUCAAAUACCCAAUCUUCUUAACCAUGUGUCACAUGACUGCUUGUUCAUUGUUAAGCUACAUCGCAAUUGCAUGGAUGAAGAUGGUUCCAAUGCAGACCAUUCGAUCUAGGGUUCAGUUUUUCAAGAUCUCGGCUUUGAGUUUGGUCUUUUGUGUAUCAGUGGUGUUCGGCAAUAUUUCUCUGAGGUUCUUGCCGGUUAGUUUUAAUCAGGCUGUUGGCGCUACGACGCCGUUUUUUACUGCAAUUUUCGCCUACUUGAUGACAUUGAAGAGGGAGGCUUGGCUUACUUAUCUUACCCUUGUUCCUGUUGUUGCUGGUGUUAUCAUUGCCAGUGGGGGUGAACCGAGUUUUCAUCUAUUUGGUUUUAUCAUGUGCAUUUCAGCUACAGCUGCAAGAGCUCUCAAGUCAGUUUUACAAGGAAUUUUGCUUUCUUCUGAAGGAGAGAAGCUGAAUUCCAUGAACCUCCUCCUCUACAUGGCGCCAUUAGCUGUGGUAUUUCUACUUCCUGCAACGCUUAUUAUGGAAGAAAAUGUGGUCGGUAUUACCCUUUCCCUCGCCAGAGAUGACUCCAAGAUCAUUUGGUAUCUACUAUUCAAUUCAGCGCUAGCAUAUUUUGUGAAUUUGACCAACUUUUUGGUCACGAAACACACCAGUGCCCUGACUUUACAGGUUCUAGGAAACGCGAAAGGAGCUGUAGCUGUGGUGGUUUCGAUUUUAAUUUUUAGAAACCCAGUCUCUGUUACCGGAAUGCUUGGUUAUGCACUCACAGUCUUUGGGGUUAUACUCUACAGCGAAGCCAAGAAACGAAGCAAAUGAGGCAUCAUCCUGGGAAUGCAAUAUAUACAUGAUUGUCGUAUACUUUGUUUCCUUUAUCGCGAGGACAGCAACAAUGUUGAAAGAGGCAGGUACGUUUGGGGCCGUAUGGUAUAGCAUAUGAUGCCAUGGAUUUUGCGCCCUGGAUUCAAUCUUUUGUUUACCCUCCAAGCCUGGGAAGCUGGCUUUUCUUUCGAAUUGGCUCCAGCUGCAGGAUUUUAGUAAAAAAAAAUUAUAAACUCCAAUAAAUGACUGAUUGGUCUCUACCAUUCCCAGCUUGGGGGUUGUUGAAGAGGAAUAUCGUUUUUAUGUUUUUUGAUUCUUUCAUGGAAAGCAAAAGCUUUAAAAUUGGUGUUUGUACACAAAUCGAUCUGUUGUUACAAUUUCUAUUGUUGAUUAAUUAAUGAAAAGAAAUCUCAUAAGCUUACAAUUUUA